AAAGAAAAAGCGACCACCACAACAUUGGUGAUCGUCAUGUGGUCACAUCUCUGGGUCUCGCUCUCAAGUUGACCUCUAGGACAAUACAGCCAAGUUACAUAUAUAACCUGCAACACUGACGCUACCAUACGCCACAGCUGUAUGGUUUACAGCUGGUUUACUGCUGGUCGUUUCAGGUUUACUGUAUCCGUCGUGAAGAAAGUGGUGACGCGGCCUCAGGAAGCAGCAGCUACCUCGUGUAUAGCUCGGGAAGAACCAUAGUGUAAACUAUUUGCAGGCGGCGGUUGGCUAAUACUUUGAAAAUGGGUAAAAGAAGGAAAACUGGAGAUGGUAACCGAAAGCAACAUUUUGUCAAGAAAGGAAAUAAGGAGGAGACUCAUAGAACACUAUUAAACCCAGACAGUCGAGAUUUUAUAUAUGAUGAAGUGGACGAUUUUGAGGAUGGCCGUGAUCAGUUGGCUCUCAGCAAUGCAAAGAAACUGAUGUCAAAAAAGAAAGAGUCAUAUGAACAAGUAUUGGGCAUUGAUGUUAGUUCAUCUGACAAUGAUGAAGAUGAUGGUGAGAGUGAAGAACAAGAAAGUGAUGAAGAUGAGUUAUAUAUGGAGGAUGAUAUUGUUGAUGAACCUGACUUCAAACUUCCUGAUGAAAGAGCAUGGGGCAAGAACAAAUGGAGAUACAUUGGUACAGACACCACUGACGAAAAAAUUGCUAAGAAACUACACAGUCAAGAUGAGGAACUGGCCAAACUUGAAGAAGAAACAGCCAGGAAACUGCAGGAACGUAUGGCUGCGGAGCUCCAUGAUCUUGUGGCUGAUGAUCUUAUUCUGCAUGAAGAAGAUAAGCCUAAAGAUGUGGCAUUGAAAUCUACAUUGGAGGUGGAUUUGUCAGGAUUGUCAAGAACAAAAAAGUUGCAGCUGCUCCAGAGAGAAUCUCCAGAAUUCAUGCCUCUGUUUGAUGACCUCAAAGAAAAGUGUGAGGAAAUAAAUUCUUUGGCUGUUCUAAUGGAAGGUGUUAAAACAAGACAAAUUGAAUCAGUUGUAGUCUCUCAAUACAUCACAACUAAAUACAGACUAACCCUCAACUAUUUGUGUGUGCUGUGUAUGUAUAUGUUUACAAAGUGCAGUCAAAGCUCUGUGGGUAGUCAUCCAGUAGUGAGCAGGUUAGCUCAGUACCGCCAACUUCUACAGGAACUUAAACCAUGUGAUGAUAAGCUGGAAGCAGAUUUGAAAUGUCUGAUUCCAGAAAUUAUUUUGGCAAGAACUACAAAAUUAAAUCCUACUCCAAACUCGACAAAGGAAAAACCAAGAAAGCAAGAAAAAUUACAGGUAUUAAAUAAGAAGAAUGUGACAAAGACGGAAAAGAAGAAGAGAAAACUUUCUGACUUACUGAGUGACUCGCAGAUGCUGGAUGACAAAGGUGGCUCUUCUUUGGAAGUGAAAGAAGGGAAAAGCCAGGUGAUAGAAGCCAGCAGUGAUGAAGGACAAGAAGUAAAUGGGUCUGUUGAAGUAGAGGAAAAUGAGUCUCUUGACCCUGAUGGAAAGCGUGCCAUUAGCUACCAGAUUUCUAAAAAUAAGGGUUUGACACCAUCACGCAAGAAGGAGCAGAGGAACCCAAGAGUCAAGUACAGGAAUAAGUACCAAACGAAACUCAAGAAAAGGAAGGGACAGGUGCGCGAGGUGCGGAAAGAAUUAAAGCGUUACGAAGGCGAGGUGUCCGGCAUCAAAUCACAUACAAUUAAGAGCAGAAAAAUAAAAUAAAUAUGACCUCUUACUAAUAAUUUCUUCAGAUAAAUACUUUUAACACUUUCGCGCUCUCCGCAAAGGUCACUCAGCCAGCCGAAUGUGCGCGCUGCGUUUUUAUCGCUUAAGCGUAAAAACAAAAAUGUGUAUACUCUUUUUACUCUUCUGACCUUAGUUCUCAU